ACAAUAAAAACAACUUUAGAGUUAUUUUUAUGUAAUGAAGCGGAUCGGUGUUUCGGCUCGUGUCUGUGUGGUGUGAGGGUGUCAGUGUGUCAAAUGCGAAGACGGCGGGGGGGGGGAGGGGUGGUGACUCGUGCGCACCAUGCAGCUGGCUCUGUCGCUGCUGCUCCUGGCCGCCUGCGUCACUGCUUUUGCGCAGAUCGCGUGGACGCCCAUCUUUCUUGAUGCCACCAGCCAAGUGGACCUAUGGACACAAUCACCGAAGGGCUGCGCGUGUCCGUCGGGCGCAGACGGGGACUGCGCAUGCUGCGUGCGCGACGGGGCGUGCCCGUGCGGCGACGUGGCGCCGGCGCGCUGCGCGCAGUGCGGCCUGGAACAAUACUGCGCCAAUAUGUGCAACAUCACAAUCGACUCACGCGUCCUCAAGACCAAAUCCGGCAAAACGUUUGGGCAGAUCAAAUCGCCCUCCCUCCAGGGCCCGGGUGCCUGCUCCUACUUCCUCCAGCCAGACGCUGGCCAGCGAGUGGAGAUUCAGCUCUACAGGCUGGUCUCCGUUGGAAGGUUCAAUGGUACCAGUUGCGAAGGAGGCUGGCUGCAGCUGAGCGGCGCGAGCGCGGUGCGGGCGGCUGGCGCCGGCGGCCCGGCCGAGACCCGCCUCUGCGGGGCCAAUGAGCGCUACACCCCACCCGUCGUGCUGUUCGCUGACCACGGCGCUUCCACUUUGGAAUUUAGGAUAACAGAGAAGACGGACCGGUCACAGUUCCUCGCGUUCUUCAGCUUCACUUCUCUCAGCAACACGCAAGGCGUAGGCUUCCACCCGAGCGGCGGAUCCAGGAUCCCACUUACAGAUUGCGAUUGGCUGUACCAAGAUGUGUCAUGCCGCGGGCCCAGCCCGUGCGUGCUGGCGAGCCCGGGCUACCCGGGUUUGUACCCACCGCACCGCCGCUGUCGCUACCUCUUCGCCACCAACUCCGUCAAUACCAGGGUCAAAAUUAUCUUUACAUCCAUUUUACUGCCCAGAAAUCACUGCGCCACGGAUUACCUAACGCUUCGAGCUGGCAACUCGCCCUCCGCUCCUUUGCUGGCGACGCUUUGCUCGGAGAGAAGCGCUACUUUAGAGCAACCCGGACCAAACCUAUUACUAGAAUUCAAUUCGGGCCCGCUGGUACCACCGUACGACUACAACGGGUUCAUUGCUCGGGUGGAGUUCACGGAGGGGGCGGAUGGGAGCGCACCGCCACCCACCGUAGUUGCCUCGCCGCCGUUGGCUGCGCUCACGCAUCAUACGUCGCACGAAGACAGAUUGUUGGAUUUGGACAGCAACUCCGUCACAAACGAGAUUUCCAGCGGCGUGGGUGCGGGCGGGCGCGUCGGGUGUGGAGCGCGCGUGCGUAGCUACGGGCCCGGCGGCGCGCGCUCAGGGCACUUCGACACGAGGGCGUCCGCGUGGCGCGCGCAGUGCGCCAUACAUCUGCUGGGCACGUCUACCGAUGUCGUGCAAGUUACAUUGUUUAAUUAUAAUUUAAGGUUACAAAGUUGUAGAUCUCAUAUUGAGAUCUUUGAAGGGCUUCAUGAGUUUCCCUCGAGAGAUAGGGGCGAGCGGUCAGACAGAGCGGACCGGACGCUGCUGAGAGUGUGCGGUCCGGCAGUGAGAGAAGCGAGGGACCCCUCUGGGAGGUUCCUGGUGCGCCAAGCCGUGAUAUCUAAGGGUGCUAACUUGACCAUUUUGGUGCGACGCGCCACUUCGCAGAGCGCUGAUGACGAAGAAUUCCUUGAUGGCGCUUUUGCGUUUCAUGAUGAGCAACACGAGGGUACUGCGUCUCCGGACGCCACAUGCACAGCCACGCAUUAUGGGCUGGCGGCGCCAUCACACGGCGGCGUGGCUGCACCAACACACCAUCACGUGUUCUGGAAUCUGGAGGAGCGGCUGGUGUGCACGCACCGGUUCAUACCGGCGGCUAACCAAAGCGUCACCAUCGAGAUUCAGCGGUUGGAACGCAUGUGGAGCGCCGAGCCAGCCGGCUCGGGCGCGGCGGGCUGCCGUACGGCGUGCGGCGAUGCCGGGUGCGAGUGCCGGGCUGCAACCCCUCUACACUACCAUGACCACGUCGCGCUCGUGGCAGGCGAUGGCACGCACCUGUCCUGUUUGUGUGGUGACUUUCAGGCGGCAUGGCUGCCGGUGGUCGUGCGCAGCUGGACGAGCCUGCGUCUCGAGUACUCGGUAGCACAUUACACGUUUGCAAGCCGAGGCUUCGACUACGCUGCCGCCUACAGCUUCAACGACGACGCCAUGUGCGGACAACGCACCUUUACGACGCAUUCUGGUGAAAUAUCUUCACGAAACGUGCCGGUUACGGGCAGCCUAAACGAGUUCUUUUACCAACAAUGCACUUGGGUGUUGGACUCAAAUGUUGAAAGACAACUCUACAUUGACAUAUCCUCAGAACAAGACAAAUCGUGUGGAUCGUGGAACAUCACGCUGCACGAGUGGGCCGGCGCAGGCGCUGGUGAUACGGGGCUGGCGGCGGCGGCCGGGGACCGGCUGUUCACCUUCUGCGCGCGCUACAAGAACCACACCUAUUCGCUGCCCUACAAACAGAACACUGUUGUCAUAAGACUCGUGGCGUUGUCGCGGCAGCAGCCGCUGUACACCAUCCGGUGGCGGUCGCAAGUGGUGCGCGCCAACACGCGCAUGGGCGCGCCUACGCCCGCGCCGGCCGCUUCCGCCAGUGAAAUCGCCACCCAUUUACACCGUCUUCUACUCUACGCGGUCCUCUACAUCAACGCUCAAACUUUCCGGCCAGUGACCGUGUGAUCUAAAUUAUUCAGUGAAUCUCGGUGGCUGUUUUGCAUAUUUACUUAUUGAAAUUUAAAAAUUUUAAAGCCGUGCGAACGAUGUGGAUUGAGUGCGGCGAGAAGACUGUUUUCUUUACUUAGGUGUAUCGUGUAGACUUCAGUUUUGUAGAUUUGAUAUUGAAUGAAUGAUGUUUGAGAAAUACAGGUAAAUAAAAGCUUUUUGUUUAUAAACACAGGUGAUUGUAUUUCAUCUUGACGUAUGUGAAUCGUUUUUGUUUGCUCUUUUUAUUUUUCAGCAUUUCUAGUUGCCGUUGUUUUAAUCAACUUUGCUUACGAACAAGGUUAUAUUACUUGUUUAGGAAAAACACAAUGCAAUUCGCUGUAUUAAGUUAGUUAGGGAGAGACACUGAACUAACCCGCUGUAUUAAGUUAGUUAGGGAGAGACACGGAACAUUUAAAAUAACCGCUAUGUAUAUUUUUAUUUUUUCAUUGUAAAUACAAACAUUACAUCAAGUUCAUUAAUAAAACGUAAGACGAUGAUAAGAAUUUAUAAUUUUAGAAUGUUUAAUGUCCAACAAUAUAUGUUAAAUCGUUAAAUUGUUUGUUUUAAAUAUUAGUCUUUAAUGUAUUAAAUAUGUAUGUACGUCUCGAUGUCAAUUAUGAUAUUUGUUGAUAUUAUGUUAGUCAAACGAAACAGCCAACUUAAUUUUGUAUCUGGCUUUGUUAGCCUUGGUGCCGCAGUAUGAUUCAGUUUUAUUGUCACUUGCAUGCUUUCGACGAAUUCAAAUAUAUAGGAAACCUAAAAUUUCUGGAUCAUAACAUAGUUGAAAUAGGUCUGGUUUAGCUUGUUUUGAGAUGUUAUACGGCUUUAAAUAUAGUUGGUUAAAAAAAAAAUCGACACGUAUUUAUUGAUUGAAGAGUAAAACUCAAUUAUUCUUAAAUACCUAUGUAAUAUGCACAGAAUUUUAUGAAAUACGUAGCCAAAACUUGUUAAAGCAUGAACAUUCUUAGUUCAUUACACAUAAGUUCUUAGAUCCUACACAAAAGUAACCGAGACUGACAGUCGAACAAAAUCUUUGUCAUGUAGAAACCUAGAAAUUAUAAGUGUGCUCAGGAACUGUACUGACUAGGCUAGAGCAGGAAGCGUAUUCAGAUAAAAAAUAUACUUAUGCUAGUGAUCAGGGCAACCCUGUCGCACCUGAUUUAUAAGCGUGUGUGAACGGGUCUAAGAUUGAUAUAAAAUCAUAUUAUUAAAUCUGAAUGCACCUAUAUGAAGUUGAUUGAACACAAUCCCCUCUAGUAGAAAUUCGGUUGAUGUCGGAAGUCUCUGCUUACAAAAUAUUUCAAUUGCUUAAACGCCGGUUAUUUAACUAUAGAAAAUGUUCGCAAUAGUUUAAUGGACUUUAAGCUUUGAUAAAGGCGCUUACGCGAGCAUUGACUUUGGUGCAGAGGCAAUAGUUUUAUUUAUUGUUUGCAAUUGCGCUUAUUUUAAGGUUGAUUUAAAGGUGGGCUAUAUACAGUCAGCAUUAAGAUAAAUCAUAGCCGUGAUACUAGAACGCUGAUAGUCGUACAGUUACCUGCAAUAAUAUGGUACUCUUCGAAGGCCGCAAAAUAUGUGUCAUGCUCUUAUGGCUUUACAAAUAAGAUCGUGUCAGAUAUUUUUGCAGCCUUCGUUGUGUAACAUAUUAUUGCAGGUGACUAUAAAUUGGAAGAGACCCUAGUCCACCAAAUGCAAAGUAAAAACAACAGACAAACAUAUAGAAAGACAGACGUGCUCUUGAACGGAAUCACAGAAACAAUUUGAUGUUGACUGUACUUAGAGAGAUUGAUCUACUACUUUUAUUUUACGGAAACCUAAUAGGAGAUCGAACUGAUAAGUCAAAUUUGAAUAUUUUUAAAAUAUCCAAACGACCCAAUUCUUUCUAAGUGAAAAAUAAGAACAAUUUUGUUUUAUUCUUUAUAUUUUCGAGUAUUAAUAAUUGUAUAAUGAGGAAUAAUCUAGGGGCAUGACAAAGCCACCGCCUAGUAAAGUAAGAUGUAAAUUUUACAACAGUUCGAUCCCCUAUUGAGGCUUGUCUCUACCCCUUAGUAAUGUUUAUGUAAACUACGGCGUUGUUCAAUGUUCUUAGUAAUUGUUUAUAAUAGCAAAUUAGCGACUGAUUCAAUCUGUCGAUUAAAUAUGUUUAAUUUAGUCCAGUAGAUGUAAAUAGUUAAUUCGGAUAAUAACUAACGAAGCUCUAAUCUUAAUUAGACGAUUCCGUGGUACCUAUUAAUAAAAACGUUUGUUACACCGAAAUAGAUCAAAUGAACGCA